AUGACUCACCGUUCCUUUAUAAACUUCCUGUGCCUUGGGAAUCGAGCUGUCACUAUUUUAAAUGGGAGCUCAAGUCGCCUCCCUCACAUUCAGAUGGAGAUACGAAGUAUUGCAUCACAGGCUGAAAUAGGUUUUAAACCCGCAAAAGUUGCUGUGGUGACAAAGAUGACAAGGUAUGAAUUCGAGCAGCAAAGAUAUCGCUUUUCAGAACUCUCAGAAGAGGACCUAAAACAGCUGGUAAGGGAAUGGAAAACGAUGUGAUAUAAAUGGUACUUGCUCUCAAACGCCCUCAUUUGUUAAUGUGUUCUUCAUUGACAGUAAAACACCCCCUAAACAAGGCAUCAUCAGCACACACCAGUUUCACUUUCAGUUCAGACAUGGAAACCCAGGUGAUCCGAUAGGUAUAUGCUGGUGAUAGACAAAUAUUCACUGAGGAUGUCAGAUUCCUUUCUCAAUGUUGAGUUGUAUGCUAAUCCUCACCACCAGAGAGCCUGGUUGAAAUGACUUUGCUGUGAUUAUAUAAUUGUGGUCAUCUGAGUUUUGGGGCUUGUUACAGCUUGCAUUGAAGGGCUCCAGCUACAUUGGGCUUCUGGAGAGACACAACAUCCACAUCCGCAAUGUGGAACACAUUGUGGAGAGUCUACAGUAAGAUGAUAGGAUUUUAUUCAAGGAUGUUGUUGUGGUGUACUGUCUACAAAAGGUCAUGAAGGUGUGGACGUGGCCACAUUACCUUUGUGUGUCUCUCUGUGUUCCCUCUAGGAAAGAGCGGAUUGAGGUGCGUGUGGUGAAGAGAGGGGAAUAUGAUGAAGAAACAGUGAGAUGGGCAGACGCCAUUAUCUCGGCAGGGGGCAAGUGUUCCCGUUUUAAGAGUUUGAGAAUAGUAGCUGAUCACUUACAUGGUCACUUUCCCACAGAGGGGUACAAUACAAUUACAAAUGAAUUCCUAUCAUACUGUUGAAAGUCAGUGCUCAGAGAAGGGUCAACUCAAACCAUGAAUAGGCCCAUUUCACCCUGAGACCUUGUUGACAUUAGCUCUGACACCCUCCCGUUCCUUUUGUUAGGGGAUGGGACUAUGCUACUUGUCGCCAGUAAGGUUUUCAAUAAAGACCAACCGGUUCUUGGGGUUAACACAGACCCUGAAAGGUAAGAACUCACAACAAAAUGGGUUAGCGAGGAUAAAGUGGUGAGAUGGGUUGGGGCAAGUGGUAAGUUUACUUGACUGGUAAGGUUCUUAGCUAGUUCAGAACAGACAGGUUGGGGAAUUCCUUGUUGUGAAUUUCAGCAUGUUAUAGAAUGAGAGAGAAUAAAUUACUUUAUCUAGUUUGAGGGAAAAAGUGCUCAUAUUACAAGCAUGUCUUUUUUUUUCUUUGCAUGAAGGUCAGAGGGACAUCUGUGCCUUCCUGUGCGUUACACACAUGCCUUCCCUGAGGCACUACAGAAACUCCGCUGUGGUCAGUUCAGGUGGGUGUUUCACUUCCCUGGCCAGAAAACUGCUUUUAGGAAGGCUAUGUUUAUGUGUAAAGAAUAGUCUGAUGAUCUCUUUGUCACACCUCCACAGUUUUGUUUCGCAUGCCUGGGAUGUAUUCACUAGGAACAAAACAGGGUGGGACCUACCUGAAUUUGUCUAAUAUAAACUCUUGUUUCCGUUGCUAAAUGUUUUGGACUAAUGAUUAUCGUUUAAGAACCAAACGGAUCAAAUGGAACCAAAAGGGGAGGGACAAUGCUGAAUUUGUCCAACAGAAACUAUCGUUUGCGUUUUCAGUAAACUGUUUCUGUUGCAUAACGUUUGCAACAGACUAAAUGUUUUGCACCAGAAUCGCGGUAAUGAUUACACCCCUGGUCUUACUACUCUGCCCUCUAGUGUUACUGUUGCUGAACUGUCAGACAUGAGUUUCUGAUUCCAGGAAUAGUAAUGCCUAUUAAUAUCAUGGCAUGUUUCACCACCCCCUCUUCUUUCUCUAUAUGUUCCUCUCCCUGUCUACUGCAUAUUGUACUACUUAACUCUUUUGAUUCAUUUACUUCCCCAUCCCACCUCUCCUAUCCCCCCCUCCACCAUUCCCUCUCCACCCCUCCCCCCUCUCCUGUCUACCUCCUGCAGGUGGCAGUGGCGGCAUAGGAUCCGUCUACACCUGGAGGGCACAGGGAUCAACCCCACCCCAGUGGACCUACAUGAACAGCAGCUCAGUCUGGAGCAACACAACCAGGCCCACCGUAUCACCCUCAUGGAGGCCCAACGCAGUACGGCCCCUCAGCCUCCGAUGUGUACCUGUAUCAGUCUCUUUGUCUGUCUGUCUGUCUGGGCCCUUGGGACAAAUCUAACACUUAUUGAAUGGACGGUGCACUGUAUUGAAUGAAUAAUAUGUCUUCUUGUCUUACUUACAGCGGUGUGUGUGUGUGUUCACAGUCUCUGUCGUCAUUCAUUGACAAUUAUUUUCAUGUGAUUUGUCAAAAAGCCCUUUUCUACCGGUCCCUCUAUGAUUUCAUCUGUUUCUUUGAUACAGGUGAGGUUGACAGCUUAUCCAAGCCCUACCUACUACCUGUCAGAGGACUGAAUGAGAUCUUCAUUGGGGAAUCUCUUUCCUCAAGGUACCCUUGUCCUCCAACCAAGCCAUGGCAUCAUGAACCCCCCCCCCCCCCAAAAAAAAAAACAUGCCUGUUUUGCUGUUCAUCAAUCCUACCCCUGCACUACUAUCACGCCCACCCAUCUCACUAUGCACUCAUUGGUGGAUUUCUGUCCGCCACUCACAGGGUGAAGUGUAAAUCCAUAAAUCCCCAUCUCACCCUCUCGCUCAAUAGGGCUUCCUACUAUGAGAUCUCUGUGGACGACAGACCGUGGGAGAAGCAGAAGAGCUCUGGCCUCAGCAUCUGCACAGGGACCGGAUCUAAAGCCUGGUACACAUUUUACAUGUAUAUUUUAGUCAUUUAGUAGAUGCUCUUAUCCAGAACGACUUAGUUAGUGCGUUCAUCUUAAGAUAGCUACAGGUAUGUGAGACAACCACAUAUCCCAGUCAUAGUAAGUACAUUUGUUUUCCUCAACAAAGUAUUUAUCAGUAAAGUCAGUGCUAGUAGGAAAAGACAAGUGUUCCCUUUUUUUAUACGAAGCUCCAACACACAAGCCUUUUUAUUUUUUUGCCGAUCCUGGAAGAUCCCUGUCAAUGCUGCGUCUCAUUCAUGCUAGUUCUAAAAUAAUCUCAAUAAAUAAAAACGAUGUGAUUGAAAGCACAGCCUUUAGUGGUCCUCCAGGGCUUGAAUGUGCGCUUAAUGAGACUCAUUCUAGUUUGUGUUCUCACCUACAGGUCUUACAAUAUUAACAAACUGGUUGAACAGGCUGUGGAAGAUGUCCUAAGGAUAGGUAUGUGGACUCCAACCUUUCCUCAUGAACAGCAAUGAUCAUGUGGAUUUGUUAUUUUCUUGUUAAAUCUGUCUAAAUGGAAUUACAGCUGGAAAUUGAGACAAUCAAUCAAUGAUUUUGGAGAACCUGCAUAGUACACUGAUAAUAAGGGUAUUACAGUGAUUGAGUUCUCAAUCUCCCCAGGAAAGGCACAAACGGGUCUUGAUAUUCCACUGAGUCAGGACUUUAUUGAGAAGGGUGAGUUCCAAAAUAUGUACAGCUGAAUGUGUUGUAUGGAUGGAUGGAUGGAUGCUCAAGGAAAAUUCAUAUAUAUGAAUCUCGUAAUGUAUUUUGUCAGUGACUGAUGAAUACAACGAGUCUUUGGUGUUUGGUCCGGAGGAAGGCAGAAUGUUCUUCAGCAUCAGAGAGCCCAUCGUCAACAGAGUAUUCUCCAGCAGUCACCAAAGAGGUUUUGCCAACAGGUCAGUUCUAUCUACAGUACCCAUUCAUAUUGUCUUGCAGUGGGGUUUGAUGUACAAGAUCACACUUUGAAAUCUUCUUGGUUUUGCUCUUCAGGGUGUGUGUGCGCUCGCGGUGCUGGGACGCGUGCAUGGUGGUGGACGGAGGGACUUCUUUUGAGUUCAACGAUGGUGCCAUAGCAACAAUCACCAUGAACGAGGAGGACCAGCUCCGGACUGUUCUCCUUGAAAACUGACCAGCCAACCAACCAUCCUUACAGAGCUCACACAAGAUUGUCAGCAGCAGUGAUCUAUAAAGGGAGUAGGGAGACAGGACUGGUCUCUUAUUAGGACCUGUGACCUCAAAAUGAACUUGAAGAAACUUAUCACAUCCUCCCCUUGUAGCUUUCUGGAUUUUCACAGACCAUUUAGUCACGUGUUCUUGGCUUUUGCAUUGGUUUGGCUGAAUCGGUUACAGUUGGGUUUUAUUUCGCUUGACUUGGACUGAAAUAGGUGCUGGUACUCAUUUUGGUUGCCAGU